GAUGAGAAGAACCAGAUUAUUACAACGAACUGUUGGAUCAAUCAGAUGUGGAUCGACCCCAAGCUCAGGUGGGAGCCGAUGAAAUACGGAAACAUUUCAACUGUCAACAUGCCCUAUGACUCUGUUUGGUUACCUGAUGUGGUCUUGUACAACAGUGCACACAUCACCUCAGAGUCGGUGAGCACCAAUGUGAUCCUGCAGUCGACCGGGGAAGUCAUGUGGUUGGCAAUGGUCAUCUUCAAGAGCUCGUGUGCUAUCGAUGUCAAAUAUUUCCCAUUUGACACGCAGCACUGCAUUCUAGAGUUCGCGUCUUGGACAUACGACAAUAAUGGUUUGAACCUAGUCACUUACGGUGGCCCUGAAGGAGAUGUAUCCAACUACAAGAACAGCACGGAGUGGGAGCUAGUUGUCAAAUUUUCCUGUUGUGAAGUGCCAUACCGACGACCUUUAUUCUAUGUGUUUAACAUGGUUUUCCCGUGUAUACUGAUUACACUGGUGGCUUUGCUGGGAUUCUAUAUGCCUUCAG